AUGCCUCCACCAUCUCCGACAAUCGACAAAUCUAGGCCCGCUAUUAUGUCUUCGUUCUCCACCUAUCGUGCUCAAAGCAAUAGUGGUGGUGGUGAUAGCGACGACUUGGGUGGUGUCGACGGUGUACCUGUAACAGAUCAAUUAUGUGGCGAUAAUGUUGUAGAUGGUCUUAUUGGUUGUGGAGGUGGUGGUCAGAGAGAGCAGGCGAGCCAGAAAGCUGAAGAUGAGAUUGAGCAGGAGCGGCUGCAGAUGAUUGAUUGGCAUGAUUUUGUUGUUGUUGAGAUUAUAGACUUUGCAGAUGACGAGGAUGAGGAUUUACCGCCUCCAAUGACACUCGAGGGAGUUAUAAGGAGGAGCAAGAUGUUGCGCCGGAGUUUGUUGCCGGAGAGGUUGCACUGA